AUGUCCCCUGGCGAAGGGGGCGGGCGCGCCCUCUCGCAUAUCGUCCAAAGUACGAGUCUGCACGCCAACCUGCUGCACGACUCCGAGGCGCUCCGCGCAACCAUCCCCGGUCUAGAGCGGUUCAAAGUCGCCGCAAAGCAGAACAUCGGUGAAUUCUACGCCGCAAGCGUAUCUCUCUCUGGCCCCGUUCUACAAUGGAACCCGAAAACAAACUCCUGGGUCGAGCCGUUCACGGUUCCCCCUACAGAUGGGGGAGUAGAGUUCGGCGAGAAUGAGGAGUUUGCAUAUUUCCUAGCGAGCUCGACGACGCCGAGACUCGAGCCGACAUUCGAGAUCUUGCCCACGCUCUCUGAGCCGGGGGAGGGCGCGAUGGAUCUCCUGGUCAUGAGGCCGGGGAGGGAUCCGAGGGUCCGGGCCUUGCGAUCCAAGGACGCUUCUGCGGACAUUACUCCCGACUCUCCCAAGACCGCGGAGAUUACUGAGACGACAGACGAAGGGAAGGAGGAGCAGGAGGAGGACCCACUGGCGCGCUUCAGUCCCGCCGGACGCACAUGGGCCCCCCGCGCCCAAGAGCUCCUCACGGCAGCGUACCACGCCGGGUCCCACAUUGACUUGUGCUACCCCACUUCCCCCGACCCCUCCUCAACUCGAUCUACCCAACCCUCUGAGCCUCGAGCAAAAGGGGACGGAGGAGACAGAGGAGACGGAGGAGACAGAGGAGACAGAGGAGACGGAGGAGACGGAGGAGACGGAGGAGACGGAGGAGACGGAGGAGACGGAGGAGACGGAGGAGACGGAGGAGACGGAGGAGACGGAGGAGACGGAGGACAUGCUCCACCUGCAUCCCCGCUCUGA